GGCACAGCAAAAACAGUUUAUUAUUUUGUUUUGUUUACAGAGCCAAAACGACGGUAAUUGAAACAUAAAAGUUGUGAUUUGAUGUGAUCGCGAGGGGCGCUUGGAAAGUGUGCUAGACGAAGAUGGAUCGGGCACGGUUUUCGAUCAGCUUACUGUGCGAGCAAAUAUCCAAAACCUGUCGCCUAUGCGGAGUGGAUAAUCCAGACAAGAUUCCAAUACUUGGUGCAGAAGAUAUCAUUGCAUCCGAUGAGCCACCACUGGCAAAAAAGAUUGAGCUAUGUAUAGGAAUAAAGGUGACAUUGACGGAUAAAAUGCCGCAACUAAUUUGUUCGCUGUGUGUCGAUAAGAUGAAUGAUUUCUACGAGUACCGUAUGAUGUGCGAAACCACAGAUCUUGAGAUACGCAAAAUUCUCCAUCUGCCCAUGGUACAGCCUGCUACAUCGUUACCGAAAGCUGAACCAGUAGACAGCGCUGUAAUUACGCUGGAUGAUGAAGAUGUUGAUGAAAAACCGAAAGUAAAACGUGGGCCAAAAACAAGGAAUCGAAAGAAACAACUAGAAGCUGAUGAUGCGCCGGGUAAUAGUGAAGAGGCUGAUGUUAAACCAGCGUUAGACGAACCUAGUGAAAAACGCUCAAAGUACGAUUUCCCGUGCGAGUACUGUAAUGAAUCGUUCAUCCAGAGCUCCGAACUGGAGCGUCAUCGCGUUGUGAAGCAUACACCGUUAGUGCACAAGUUCGGCUGUGGGUCUUGCAUGGAAUAUUUUGAUACAGCGACGGAGUACAAGGAUCACAACCUUUGGCACAAGCUGACACGGACGGCCUUUGGUUGUUUCAGAUGUGGCAAGAAGUUUGCUUACAUCAAUACACUGAACAAGCAUGUGUCGCUGAACGCUUGUAUAAGAAUGUCACAGGUAUCGUAUGAAGUUGCCCUCGUGCCCGAUAUGCAGUGCCGAUUAUGUCAGAAAACUUUCAAAACGCGUAACUUGUACGAGUGGCAUGGAUGCUUCAUACGCGCUCGGUCCAGCUGUCCGAAGUGUGGAAGAAAUUUUCUUAAGAAAAAUCUGCUCAUGCGACACUUCAUACUGUACUGCAACGGCACGCUCCCGCUUUUGGACCCCAUUAUCGUUCCGAAGGAUGAACCGGAUGCUGCGUCGGUUAACGGACAACCGAGCAGCGGUGGUACGGAAGUAAGACGAAGAGGACGUCCAUCACGUGCAAGCAUGAAGAACGAAACAAUAGAUUUGCCACUACCACCACUGUUCGAUCUGCCCGAUCUAAAAUCCGAGUCCAACUCCAUACCGGACGGUCACAAUUCGACCGGGGGCAUAUUUUCUGGCACUGAAGCGGAGGAUAAUCAGAAACGAACUUCGUUGAUAGAGGAGACGAACAAAAUUGCGACACUGUUACGUUCGGGCGAAUCGGUGGAUGGAAAUACGGAUCUAAACACGAUCAGUAGUAUGCUCUCGUCGGUGAAUGAAGCCAUCGCUACCAUUUCGAAGGUGCGCAAAAAGAAAAAGAAGCGCGAUCGAUUGUCUUCAUCCGGGGCCGGUAAUGCUUCUGAGAACCCACCGAUGGUUGUAUUGUCAAAGGCCAAUGUUAAGCAGGAAUUACACGAGGAUUCCGGCAUGUUGGCCACGUUGGUUGCAAAUAAUGCCGUUUUGGAAAAUGGUUUGAAUGAAACGAUUCCGACGAAUGAAGACCAUCGGGAAGUAGAAGAUGCCGAAUCGGAACAAGAUGUGGACGAUUAUGAUAAUGCGGCAGAUAGUUUUGCACAUCACAAUGAUGAUGGUGGGGAUAGUGAUAGCGACGUUGAGAUAAUAAGUGUGGAACAAUACCAACCGAUCGGUUCCGGGACAAAUUUUACUUCCAACUGGAAUGAUGUGAUGCGACCGAAUGACGAAUCGGCGCAACCGGUGGAGCUUCAGAUUAAACAAGAACUAAUGGCUUCGAACGAUGGAGAUGAGUCAGAUUUUGAAGGAUACGAAGAUGCUUCAAUGUUUGUUGCCGUGAAGCAAGAACCAAUGGAGGAAACAGUUGCAACGUCCCCAAUUGUGCAAUGCUCUGUGGUGGACAAACACAGCGAAGCAUCAUUUUCAUCUUACCAAGCGUUGCGAAUUAAGAUAAAAAAGGAAAAAGGAUUGCUUAAUGCAUCCGUGGUAGGUGAAGAACCCGCUACAACCGAUCCUAUAUCAACGCCCGAAGAAUGUACCGAGGAGCAAACCGACAAUGGUCAAUCUCGUGGAGCUGGCAAUACUAAGAAAGCGGCAAAAACGACUACUCAGCGAAACAGCAAAUCACCACCGGUGAAGCGUUACAUGUGCACAUCUGGGUCAUCGACAUCGACAUCUGGAUUGAAUGUGUCCAUUAAACAGGAACCGAUGGAAGCGGAGAAUGAACAGUCGCAGGAAAGCGUGACGGAUCCGGAGCAAGAUUAUCCAGCUGAGGCCACUUUUAUCGAUACGACGACGGUACGAAUUAAACAAGAACCGCAAGAAGGCAACAGCCCGGGUAGUCCUGCUGAAGAUGUGAUAACAUUCGAUGGAAAGCGCAUCAAGCGAGAACGUCUCGACGAUUAUCCCGCAUCGCACAACCCAAGGCAAGCGUCCAGCAAUGAUUCCUACAAGAAAUCACUCAAUCCACUGAGUCUUUCUGGUGUACGGAUUGCUGCGGGCAAAAAAUCGGCCGACAGUCAGUCGGGUGUAACGGUUAACAAAUCCAGCGUAAUGAUAAAUCCGUUUGCCUUGCUAAAACAAAAGGAAAGUGUGUCAACCGUUUCAGAGCAGGAUUCGACCUCGAAGGACAGUACCGAUUCUUUGGCUGAACAAUCGGAACGGUUCGGUUUGCCAGUAAUAUCGCAGGUCAAAUCGAUCGAUCCGGUAGAACAUUUAUCGUUAACUUCUGACGAUAAUGUUGCGGCGGAACCAACACCUGUAGUAGAACAACAGCAAAAGGAGACUACGGUAGAGAUGAUCAGAAAUGACAGCACAGAAAAUCUAAGGCAUACGGAUUCCCCUCCCAUGAGCGAACCGUCUGUUUCGAAGCCAGUAGCCGUAGCAUUCCCGCAAAAAAAUGUUGCUGAGCUGAAGAUCAAAUCCGUAACUACAGUGCCGGAAGAUAUUGUACCGCUGCCACAAGAAAACGAUGGUGAGCUGAGGACAUCGUCCGUUACUACGAUUCCGGAAGAUCUUGUACCGCCACAAGAAAAUGUCAAUGAUUUGAAGACAUCGUCCGUUACUACGAUUCCGGAAGAUCUUGUACCGCCACAAGCAAAUGUCAAUGAGUUGAAGAUAACAUCCGUUACUACGAUCCCGAAAGAUCUUGUACCGCUACAAGAAACUGUCAGUGAGUUGAAGAUAUCAUCUGUAACUACGAUCCCGAAAGAUCUUGUACCACCACAAGAAACUGUCAGUGAGUUGAAGAUAUCUUCCGUAACUACGAUUCCUGAAGAACAGAAUUUCCACAGUGAGGAUCCAUACAAUGAGCAACAACUGUCAGCUGGCGACGCCCAUAACAGUGAUGUUAAUGCCAUACCAGAAGGUGUUCCAGAACGCGACGAUUCGGAUGAUUUGAUCCCACGGCAAGUAACGAAAGAUGCCGAAACAUCUAGCGGGUCGGAUGUGAAAGAUCGCGUAGAAACAGUUGAUUCUUGUCAGGAUGAUGGAAGAUGUAAAGUAGAUGAACAUGAUGAUGAUGAUGAUGAUGAUAUCGAAAAAGAAGAAGAAGCAGAAGAAGAAAAAGAAAAGGAAAAACAAAAAACACCUCACAAUGAAGAAAAUGAGCGAGAAGAAAUUUCCGCGACUGCAACAAUUGCGGAACACGAACAACUACAGCCCAACAAUCAUGACACAGUUGUAGCCGAACCUACAGGUACUAUAGAUACAACUGCUGAAACAGACGGAGAGGAUGUUAACGUAAAUCCUGCAACAUGCUCGGAACGACAACAAGAACUACUCUGUGAUGAAAGUUCACGAGAGGAAGUUCAGCCAGGCACUCAGAAAGAGUUUGGUGCCAUUGCUAGCAAUGAUGAAGGUUUAGUCGCAAAACAAUAAUCUCCCCGUUUGUAUAGCUCUGCUGAUGAUGGAUAGCAUCGAGUUUUAUCAAUUAACAUGGCGCGUGAAGUACAAGAAGCGUUAGAAUCAUUCACUUUCUUUGAUUGCACAUUACAAUUAGCACACAACUGCUUCGCAAGUAACGUUCCAGCAAUAGCAAAAUUCCACUGCGCACGGUCGCAGUUUUGAAUUCUUUUGUCGAAUCUUAUUUUUUUAUGAGGUUAAACCUUAAUUCUUGGAAACUCAAAUUUCUUGCUCGAAGAGAAGUUUGAGAUAAUGACAAAAACAAUAGCGAAAUUGGAACUAUCUAAAAGGUUACGUUUAAGUAGUAGUAAGAUGAGUAUAUGGUAAGAUUACUUGUAUGAGAAUUAAAUGUAAAGAACUAGACUUAUAAUUACCAUCGAUAGUGCGGUAUAUUUCGCUUGUAAGAACAUAUGAAGAUAUAUAAAUACAUAUGACAAAGA